AUGAGUAGACCUAAUCAAGCUAUUGAACAAGAAGAUGAAACAAAACCCCUUUGGAGAUAUUUUACAAAGAUAAGAAAAACUCCUGGUGGUGGAAAUUAUAUGGUCAACUGUACUUUGUGUGAUUUUGAAUUUAAUGGAUCUUACACUCGAGUGAGAGCUCAUCUCUUAAAUAUUAAGGGAGAAGGGGUUAGAGUUUGUCCAAAAGUGAAUCCGACAAAACUUGCUGAGCUUAAAAGAUUGGAUAAUGAAGCAACUUUGAAAAUUGAAAAUUCAAAGAAGAAAAAGGUCUCUCUACCACAUGUAUCUGUGGAAAGAAAGCAGACAAGCAGUGGUGGUGUUCACCAAAAACUCAAAGGUCCUUUAGAAGCUUCUUUCAACAUUCAAGCUAGAGAUGCUCUUGAUUGUGAAAUUGCAAGGAUGUUUUAUUCUUCAGGAUUACCAUUUCAUCUCGCAAGAAGUCCUUAUUAUAGGAGUGCCUUUUCUUACGCUGCCAAUACUUCUAACCUUAGUGGAUAUGUACCACCAUCAUAUAAUAAAUUGAGAGGUCCACUACUUCAUAAAGAAAGAGCUCAUGUAGAAAAUCUUCUACAACCUAUAAAGAAUUCAUGGAAGCCAAAAGGUGUGACAAUUGUUAGCGAUGGAUGGAGCGACCCUCAAAGAAGACCUCUUAUCAAUUUUAUGGCUAUCAAUGAGAGUGGACCAAUGUUUUUGAAAGCAAUAGAUGGAUCUGGUGAGACAAAAGACAAGGAUUUUAUUGCCAAACACAUGAGAGAUGUAAUUAUGGAAGUUGGACCACAAAACGUGGUACAAAUUAUCACAGACAAUGCAGCAGUAUGUAAGGCAGCAGGUAUGAUCAUACAAUCGGAAUUUUCUUCAAUAUAUUGGACUCCUUGUGUAGUGCACACCUUGAAUCUUGCAUUGAAAAAUAUUUGUGCGGCAAAAAAUACAGAAAGAAAUAGUGAUCUUUAUGAAGAAUUUUAUUGGAUCUCAGCGAUUGCUGAUGAUGCUACAUUUAUUAAAAACUUCAUUAUGGGGCACUCUAUGAGAUUAUCAAUGUUUAAUAACUUCAAUUCAUUGAAGUUUCUUUCUGUUGCUCCAACGAGAUUUGCUUCAACCAUCAUCAUGCUUAAAAGAUUUAGAACCUUGAAAAGAGGACUCCAAGAGAUGGUAAUUAGUAAUGAAUGGUCUGAUUACAAAGAGGAUAAUGUUGAUAAUGCACGAACAGUCAAAGAAACUUUAUUGAAUGAUAAUUGGUGGAUGAAGGUUGACUAUAUACUUGCUUUUACUGCCCCUAUUUAUGAUGUUAUCAGAAAAACAGAUACGGAUAUGGCUACUCUUCAUUUAGUGUAUGAGAUGUGGGAUUCAAUGAUUGAAGAUGUGAGGAAGAUCAUAUACCAACAUGAAGGAAAGGCACAAGUUGAACAUUCAUCUUUUUUUGAGGCAGUAAACUCAGUAUUAAUUGAUCGUUGGACUAAGAGUAGCACAUCUCUUCAUUGUCUUGCUCAUUCUUUAAAUCCAAGAUAUUAUAGUGAUGAAUGGUUAAGUGAAGAUUCACAAAGAGUUGCCCCACAUGAAGAUGCAGAACUUACUCAUGAAAGGAAAAAAUGUUUUAUGAAGUACUUUGAUGAUGUGGAUGUAAGGAGAUAA